UUCUUCCAGAGCCUGUUCAACUCCAGGGGAUAGUAGCGCGGGUCCGGAAAGUCCAUUUUCAAACGCUUCUAAGUGGGCUUCUUUGGGAAUCACGGCCCGAAGCUGAGCCAGGCUCCGUGAGGCCUCCGGUGCGCGAUUUGUUGAAGGAAUGCAGUCCCUUCGGCGGGGCCGCAGUUGAGCUGUGAGAGGAAUUCGGGCGACCGGCGGCCAUCUUGCUCGCCACAGGGACGUCUCUGACUACACUUCCCAGAGGACUCUUCGGACUCUUCUCGCGUGAAUUCAGCCUCAAAGUCACGCGCUGGCGGGACCGUGUACCGGCGACUGUUGAAGUGCUGUGGAAGGUUCUGCUGCUGUGGAAGCUUGGAAGACCUGAGGUGGGUAACCAAAGGAGAGGGCGGGACCAGAGCCUCGGCUUUGUAUCACUGAGGAGCUCUGCCUUUUUCCAAAAGAGGAGCCCAGAGGAGGACUGGUCCUUUUCUGCAAAUAUCAAAGGCAUGGCUCAGGAGUCAGUGAUAUUCAGUGAUGUGUCCAUAGACUUCUCUCAGGAGGAGUGGGAAUACCUGAAUGAUGAUCAAAGAGAUUUAUACAGAGAUGUGAUGUUGGAGAAUUACAGCAACCUGGUCUCAAUGGCAGGACAUUCUAUUUCUAAACCAGAUGUGAUCUCCUUCUUGGAGCAAGGGAAGGAGCCCUGGUUGGUUGACAGAGAACUAACAAGAGACCAGUGGCCAGUCCUGGAGUCAAGAUGUGAGACCAAGAAAUUAUUUCUGAAGAAGGAAAUUUAUGAAAUAGAGUCAGACCAGUGGGAGAUAAUGGAAAGACUUACAAGACAUGACCUUCAGUGCUCUAGUUUCAGAGAUGAUUGGGAAUGUAAUGGCCAGUUUGAGAAACAACAUGGCUCUCAGGAGGGACAUUUCAGUCAACUGAUAUUCACCCGUGAAGGCAUGCCCACUUUUAGUCAACAUCCAUCCUUGACCUUACAGCAAAUCAUCAAUAAUAAAGAGAAAUACUGUGCAACUAAGGAAUAUAGGAAAACCUUUAGACAUGACUCACAGCUUACCACACAUCAGAUAAUUCAUACUGUUGAGAAACCCUAUGAAUGUAAGGAAUGUGGAAAGGCUUUUAGACAUCCCUCAAGACUCAGUCAUCAUCAGAAAAUUCAUACUGGCAAGAAACCUUUUGAAUGUAAGGAAUGUGGAAAAACCUUCAUUUGUGGCUCAGACCUUACCCGACAUCACAGAAUUCACACUGGUGAGAAACCUUAUGAAUGUAAGGAAUGUGGAAAGGCCUUUAGUAGUGGCUCCAACUUUACGCGGCAUCAGAGAAUUCAUACUGGUGAAAAGCCCUAUGAAUGUAAAGAAUGUGGGAAGGCCUUUAGUAGUGGCUCAAACUUUACUCAGCAUCAGAGAAUUCAUACAGGGGAGAAACCCUAUGAAUGUAAGGAAUGUGGCAAUGCCUUUAGUCAGAGUUCACAACUUAUUAAACAUCAGAGAAUCCACACAGGUGAGAAACCGUAUGAAUGUAAGGAAUGUGAAAAGGCUUUUCGUUCUGGUUCAGACCUUACUCGACAUCAGAGAAUUCAUACUGGUGAGAAGCCCUAUGAAUGUAAGAUAUGUGGAAAAGCCUAUUCUCAGAGUUCACAACUUAUUAGUCAUCAUAGAAUUCAUACUAGUGAGAAACCCUAUCAAUACAGGGAAUGUGGGAAGACCUUUAAUUAUGACUCACAACUGAUUCAACACCAAAAUUUGUACUGGUGAUAAAACAUAGAAUAUAUGAAAUGUGUGUGAAGGCUUUUCUUUACAGCUCAAAACUCUUUAACAUCAACUAUUCAUCAAAAGAAUUUAUCUUGAUAUUAAUCCCUCUAAAUAAAAUAAGGUGGAAACAUCUUAUUUGUUGACUACAGCUUGUUCAGCCCAAGAAAAAUCAUGUAGGAGAAACACCCCAUGAGUAGAAUACAUUUUGGAAGCCUUUUAAUAAAAGCUCCUUUUUCUCUUGCCAUCAGGUAAUUCAGUCUAGUAAAUAUUCAGAGUGACAACAGCACUUCUGGCACCUUUCUAACCUUAUCUUAAACAUCAGAGAAUACAUCCUGAAAUGUAAUCCUGUGAUUUUCAUUUUCUUUUCCUCCCAAUUAUUCUACAAUUGUAAUAUUCUUAAUCUUUUAAUCCAUUUAAAUUUAUAUGACUGUAAAGUCCAUCUGUGUAUGUCAUGAUUUGUAAAAUAUCUUUAUUUUUAAUAUACCCUUAAUACCCAAGAGAAAUGACCUCUUUAUAUUUGAAGAUGGCUUAUUCUUUUUGCUCUUUACAAAAUUUAGGCUUUCUUGUUGUAAGAACACUCAUGAAUGACUUACCGCUCAGUAAAUAGAGAUCCUUUACUAUCUUCAUGGUGUUUCCUUGUGUUGCUGUAAUAUCAUUUCAUCAAAUCCCUAUUGGUAGACAUUGUAGUUUCUUCCAGUGUUUUUGCCAUUAUACACAGUGCCCUGAUGGGCAUUCUCCCUAGGCAUAUCUUUGUGUCAUGUCUUUUAUUUUAAUUGCAGAAAUAAUGCAUCAAUAUAUUUUCCUUAUAAUAGAUUUAAACAUUACAAAUAAG